AUGUCUGUGGUCAGACCAGCUAUGACCUAUGGUUUAGAAACUGCACCACUGAGAAAAGUCGGGGAAAAAAAAUUGGAUGUUGCUGAAAUGAAAAUGCUCAGAUGGAUGGUGGGGGUAACAAAGAUGGACUGCAUACGGAAUAACUAUAUAAGAGGAUCACUCAAGGUAACAGAAAUAUCAAAGAAUGUUCAGGAAUCAAGACUGCGAUGGUACGGACACCUGCUAAGAAGAAACGAAGAUCAUGUGGGAAGACAGGCAUUGGAGAUGAAAAUAGAGGGAAACAGACCAAGAGGAAGGCCUAAGACCAGAUGGAAGGAUGUUGUUCAAAAAGAUAUGAGGGAGAAACAUCUAGACGAGGCAGAGGCACUGGACAGAACUCUAUGGCGAAGUCUCAUUAGAAAUGGCGACCCCGGGUAG